AUGUUAGCCACUCCACAAAAAGUGAAAUCCAUAGCUCUCCUUACCCCGACGGCCGGCCGGCACUCCAAUCCCAAGCCCUCUCCAGGAGAUUUCUCAACAGAUAUUGACGAAUGUUCCCGAGACCCAUCUCCCUGCGGCCCCGACGCCAUCUGCACCAACACCCCAGGCAGUUACACCUGCAGGUGCCGGGCAGGCUACCUCCCGCCCAGCCAGCCUGGCGCCCCCUUCAGCUGCACAGAUAUUGACGAAUGUUCCCGAAACCCAUCGCCCUGCGGCUCCAACUCCAUCUGCAGCAACACACCGGGCAGUUACACCUGCACGUGCCAGGCAGGCUACGUCCCUCCCAGCAAGUCCAGCUCCCGCUUCAGCUGCACAGAUAUUGAUGAAUGUGCCCGAGACCCAUCGCCCUGCGGCCCUGACUCCAUCUGCAGCAACACACUGGGCAGUUACACCUGCAUGUGCCAGGCAGGCUACCUCCCGCCCAGCCAGCCUGGCGCCCCCUUCAGCUGCACAGAUAUUGAUGAAUGUGCCCGAGACCCAUCGCCCUGCGGCCCCGACUCCAUCUGCAGCAACACACUGGGCAGUUACACCUGCAUGUGCCAGGCAGGCUACCUCCCGCCCAGCCAGCCUGGCGCCCCCUUCAGCUGCACAGAUAUUGACGAAUGUGCCCGAGACCCAUCGCCCUGCGGCCCCGACUCCAUCUGCACCAACACCCCAGGCAGUUACACCUGCAGGUGCCGGUCAGGCUACCUCCCGCCCAGCCAGCCUGGCGCCCCCUUCAGCUGCACAGAUAUUGACGAAUGUUCCCAAGACCCAUCGCCCUGCGGCCCCGACUCCAUCUGCACCAACAUGCCGAGCAGUUACACCUGCAGGUGCCGGGCAGGCUACCUCCCACUCAUCCAGUCUGAUGUCCAUUUCAGCUGCACAGAGGUCACUUCAAAGUGCCGGGCCCAUUUCUUGGAAGAGAACGAUCUGGUGAGGAACUCCCAGAACCAGAGUCUGGACACAGCUCACGGCUCAUCCCCAGAGGAUGCCGCCUACUGCACUUUACUGAAAUCCACCUUCUGGACCUUGGGAGAGCCCUGCAAAGAGAAGAACUCAACCGUCUGUCUGGAGAAAGCUGCUGGGGGAUUUGCCUCCGUCCUGGAGCAGACGUCCUCCUGGUCGAACCUGAGCACAGAGCAGCUCUCCGUCUUCGCCACCAUCGUCCUGCACAACGUGGAGAGGAUUGUGAUGGACAUUCUCACCAACCCCACCGAGAACGGGAACUUGACCUUCCACGCAGAGCAGCUGGAUGUCCGGACCACAUUAAUCGGGGACGGCUGCAGCAGGGAGGACUCAGUCAUCAGCCUGAGAGCCAAAGGAGACACCAUGGAGAUUAGCUGCAGAAUGGUUCAGGGAUCAACAGCACAAGGUACCUCAUCACUGCCAGCAGGCAUGGACUGGUGUGGGACCACAUUAAUCGGGGACGGCUGCAGCAGGGAGGACUCAGUCAUCAGCCUGAGAGCCAAAGGAGACACCAUGGAGAUUAGCUGCAGAAUGGUUCAGGGAUCAACAGCACAAGGUGCAGUUGGAGUGGCAUUUGCCUCCUAUGAAGGCAUGGAAACCAUCAUGAACGGCAGCUUCUUCCAAGACCAGAAGGCUGCCUCUGGCCGCACCGUCCGGAUGAUUUCCAGGGUGGUGAGUGCCUGGCUGACCAGCCAGACCAAGAUCAAAGUCACAGAUCCAGUGAACUACACCUUCCAGCACAUCAUGCCAAGCAACUGCUCCGAGAAGCCCGUCUGCGUCUCAUGGGAAACCACAGCUCAGAGUGGCAGCUGGUCUCCGGCAGGGUGCAGGGUCCUGAGCUCCAACACCACUCACAUCACAUGCAGCUGCAACCACAUCUCCAGCCUGGCCGUCCUCAUGGCAUGGGGAGAGAUAACGGCAGAUUUCCCGCUAUUCCUCAUCUCCCACGUUGGGCUGGCCCUCUCCCUGCUGUGCCUCCUCCUCGCCAUCCUCACCUUCCUCCUGUGCCGCUCCAUCCGCAACGUCAACACCUCCAUCCACCUGCAGCUCUGCCUCUGCCUCUUUGUGGCCGAUCUUCUCUUCCUCACAGCGGUGGACCGUACCAGGCAUCAGGUAAAGUGCUCCCUACCCCAACAUAGCGCCUCAGAUGGCAGGCAGUGUGGCCUGGUGGAUAGAGCACU